ACCGCCUCUGAAGCAGCUCGGGCUCGCCCCUGCCGCCCGGCUCCCCAGUCCUCAGCUUUACCAGGCCGGGCGGGAGGGCAGACCGGCGCGCGGCUGCGCAGCCCCCGCGCCUCGGGCUCUGCCAAGCGACUCCGAACCCCGGCCGGCAGCGAGGAGGAGGGGGCUUCUCCAAGGGCAGGGGGUGGGGUGAGGAGGCCAGCAGGGAGGGUGCAGGGGAGGUGGAUCCCGGGUAAGACGAAGGCCCUCCGGGACCUGCGGAUCCCUGACAAACCGCGAGGGAAGCCGCCCUGGUCGUUGGCGGUUUAGGGACGGAAGGCACUAACGCGGUUCGGAAGUGACCAUGAAUGCGAGCGUGUAAUCAAGGCACCGUGCAAAUCGGGCGAGCCACGAGGCAGGCACAUCCCGGGCUGCGGGCCCUGGCCCCGAAGGGGGUCCAGCCAGGGUCGGACGCAGCCGCGGCGCCCAGAGCAAACCUGUGGGAGGGGGACCGCGAAGAAGACGGCGCGAACGCGAUCCUCCCCGCGGACUGAUUCCACGACCACGCACGGGACGCGCAGCGCCGAGCUCCCACCCGGCCGCCCCCAGCGCGGGGCACCCCUCACCCGGGGAGUGGCGGGUGGCAGGAGCGGAGCUCUCACCGCCCUCGGCGCGCUGGAGGGCCGGGGCCGUGCCGCUGAGCGCACUGGGGCGCACCCCAGCCUCGCCGCGCGCGCCGGGAGGCCCCCCAGCCAACAUGAGUUACACCGGCGAUUACGUGCUUUCGGUGAGAACACCGAGUGACGAUCUGUUGCUUCCCCUGAGGUAGCUACAAAGAAAGGAAACCGGGGAGGGAGGGCAGAGGGGGGGAAAAAAGGAAAGAGAGAGAGAGAGAGAGGAAAAAAAAAAAAGGCCCGGGACUAGCUCGCAGCUUGUCAAUUUCAACAUCGGGUCACAUGACCAGCACCUCCCUGCUAAGGAUGGGGAUAGAUUUCCACGUCAGCUUACGUCUCCAAAUUUCUACUUCACGGAUCCGCUUCAAAGAGGCAGCUGCAGCGGAGAAUCAUGUUAAGCUCGGCUACCGCGGAGAGCCCAAGGUAGCCCAAUGAUGGAUUUUGAUGAGCGUGGUCCCUGCUCCUCUAACAUGUAUUUGCCAAGUUGUACUUACUACGUCUCCGGUCCAGAUUUCUCCAGCCUCCCUUCUUUCCUGCCCCAGACCCCGUCUUCGCGCCCAAUGACAUACUCCUACUCCUCCAACCUGCCCCAGGUCCAACCCGUGCGCGAGGUGACCUUCCGCGAGUACGCCAUUGAGCCCGCCACUAAGUGGCACCCCCGCGGCAACCUGGCGCACUGCUACGCCGCCGAGGAGCUCGCGCACAGAGACUGCCUGCAGGCGCCCAGCGCGGCCGGCGUGCCUGGCGACGUGCUGGCCAAGAGCUCGGCCAACGUCUACCACCACCCCACCCCCGCCGUCUCGUCCAAUUUCUAUAGCACCGUGGGCAGGAACGGCGUCCUGCCGCAGGCUUUCGACCAGUUUUUCGAGACGGCCUACGGCACCACGGAGAACCUCGCCUCCGCCGACUACCCCGGGGACAAGAGCGCCGACAAGGGGGCCCCGGCGGCCGCGGCGACCUCCGCGGCGGCGGCGGCGGCGGCGGCGGCGGCCACGGGCACGCCGGCAACUUCAAGUUCGGACGGCGGCGCCGGCGGCUGCCGGGAGGCGGCGGCGGCGGCGGAGGAGAAGGAGCGGCGGCGGCGCCCCGAGAGCAGCAGCAGCCCCGAGUCGUCUUCCGGCCACACUGAGGACAGGGCCGGCGGCUCCAGUGGCCAGCGCACCCGAAAAAAGCGCUGCCCCUACACCAAGUACCAGAUCCGGGAGCUGGAGCGGGAGUUCUUCUUCAGCGUGUACAUCAACAAAGAGAAGCGCCUGCAGCUCUCUCGCAUGCUCAACCUCACCGACCGUCAAGUCAAAAUCUGGUUUCAGAAUAGAAGAAUGAAGGAAAAAAAAAUUAACAGAGACCGGUUACAGUAUUACUCGGCCAACCCACUCCUCUAAGGUUCCAGCCAGCUGGAAUCGGGUGGGGGGCUUCAUACGCCUGAGAUUAUAUGCAGAUUUUGCCCUUGACCAGGUCAAGGCACACCACACAGUGACUUUGGAAGAGAGGAGGUGUGCGAGAGAGGGGCCACUACAGGGAGAUAGCCUCCAAGGAGGCGGCCGGGACUCUCUUGGGCAUCUGUGGUUAAGAUUCCUAACAAUGAUUGGAUUCAGAGAAUUGUGCAUCAACUAGGAUGAAUGGUUUGGGACCCCUGGUGGUUCAUUCUUGGAGACUGUGGAGCUUCAGGCUGGGUGUGGUCUCCACCAGGGACUGGGCCCCCUGCCAGGCCCCUUGGAGAUCGACCCCCACCCAGGACCCUCCACUUGGAGCCUGUCCACCCCCCCAGGCAUCAAGAAGCUAGUCCAUCUCCAAAACCAGUUCAGCUUGGGGACAGGAGCAGGAGGAAAGGGGAGGGUGCCUAGAUGUCCAGAAUGGGGCUGCUCUCCAGAGCUGGCGUGAAAGGUGACUGGACUAAGGUGGCUGUGAGGUGGGAGAGGGCUGCUGAUCCUUGAGGGAAAACAAAAAACCCUACAAUUCUAGGUGGCAUUAGUGGCCCUCCACUCCUCCUAGCCACUCACUGCACUGUCUCAAUCCUGAGCUUCUUAGCAGUUGCCUCCUGCAGCCCACCUAGUUUUUCCUAGCCAAGAGGGUCUUCGUCCUGGCCUCCGCUCAGGCAGGCCUAAAACCUGCUUGCAGAGUAUUCUAUUCCCCAAGGUGGAAGACAUCAAAAAGCAGAGAGGCUGUGCCCAGGCGCUGGCCCCUACAUCUCUGCAGGAAAUGCCUGUGGAGUGCAGCAGCUUGGCAAAGCUUCUGCCACACUUAAUGGAAGCUUGGAUUUGCUCAGCAGAGGAGCCGCCCGGCCAGCAGUCCUCAGCUAUGAGGGGCGCAAGUCCCCCAAAACACCCGGUUCCAGCGCCACACUCUAUCCUUCAAGGCCCCGGAACUGAGCUUGGAAGCUUCCAGCGACCUUCCAAGAGCUCAAGAGUGAUUUGGAAUUAUUUUAAAAGAUAAAUAUUAUAUUAUAUAUAUAUUUCCCUGCAGGAACCAAAGCGAAUUUUAAAAGAUGCAAUGUAGAGAGAGAAAAAGAUGAUGAAAA